AUGGAACAGUUUGAAGAUGUGUCAGGUGGUGAAGUGGAUCAUGCUUUCUUUGACAGUGAUUUUGAGGAAGAGAAAAAUAAAGCUGAAGAAAAUGAUGAAUGUAUAGAGAAAGGAAGUACAAAUGCAGCUCUUGCAGACCCUGAUUUGAUUUCUAAUUCAAAGGAUGCAAAGUGUUGUGAGGAGGAAAGUGAAGAAAAGCAGAAGGAUUUGCAGAAGGAUCAGUCCCUAGAAAACAGCACAGCUCGUCCUGGAGAUGCUUCAUCUUUAUCACUUUCUCCAGCUGCAGAGAAUGCAGGUACAUCUGGAGUGACGUCUGUAGUAAAUAAGGGAACACAGGAGAAUGUUCCUGCUGGAAUCCCCAAAAUAGUUAAAGAAGGUGAAGAAGAUUAUUAUACAGAUGAAGAAGAUAGUAGUGAUGAUGGCGAAAACCAGAAGGUUAGACCAAAGUCAGCUAAGCAGUCAAACAACAUAAAAAAGGCUAGCAAAAAAUAUACCAAUAUCAGUUCCUCCUCCUCUUCCUCCUCCUCCUCUUCCUCCACGUCCUCAUCCUCAAGCUCAGAUACAGAUUGUUCUGAUACAGAUUCCGAUAGCUGUUUAUCAGAUUCAUCUCAUUCUCCCUCAAAGAGGAAUGCGUGUAGGAGCACUCUUCUGUCUCCAAAACAAAGAUUCAAGUCAGCAAUGAAAUUAGCAGAAGGAAAACCAAAGCUUGGUGACUACCUGGAGGAGUCUGAAGACACAGUGACUGAUGUAACACCUCUGUCAACUCCAGACAUCAGUCCUAUCCAGUCUUUUGAACUUGCAGCAUCAAAUGAUAAGAAACUAAAAAUAAAAAGACAGGGAAACGUGAACCAAGAAUUAUAUGAUUCCGAGUUUGAUCGCAGAUAUAGUCAAAAAGUCUUGCAUGAUGCCGUGGACCUGAAUCAGCUUUUGAAAGCUUUCCUGCAGUUGGAGAAAAAAGAACAAAACCUAACCAUAGAUCAGCCAUCUAAAGGAACAAGGAAAAAUUAUUCUUUCACAAAUGAAGAAGUAAGACAGAUUGAUCAGGAGAACCAGAGGUUGCUAAAAGAACUGUCCAGACAGUCUGCAAAGCCAAGAAGUACCACCACAUUGAAGAAGUCAGCUGUACCUCCUAGAUUGUACCACAGUGCCCUCAACAGGCAAAAGGAGCAGCAAAGAAUUGAAAGGGAAAACCUGGCUUUCCUGAAAAGACUGGAAGCAGUGAAACCAACACCUGGUAUGAGGCGUUCUGAGCAAUUGAUGGACUAUCAGCGCCAGAUGAGUUAUCUAAGUUCUUUGCCAUCUGUAAGAAGAGGAAAAUCUGCUUUCAGCCAGCUUAGUCCUUCCAGAAGCACUUCAACAGCAUCCGCCGUAUCAAGUACAAUGAGCCAGAGGAAUGAAAAACCCGUGUCCGCUUCAGCCAGUGGGGCAUUGCAGAGACCUAAACCCACUAACGUUCGUGCUGCGUGGUUAUAA